AUGCAACCAGAGACCACCACUUCAAAAAAAAAACUAUCAAAACGCCACUACGCGGGAGAGGUUUCAAAGAAUCUCACCAGCGCUAUGGCUCCGGUGGGUUCCCUUAACCAAGCCACUGCCUAUGAGUCGCCGGCUCAUUCUUCAACUUUAGCGGGUCUAUUGAUUGAGAUCAAUCAGAGAGUCAGAAUUAAGCUAGUCGCUUGGGAGUUCACUACCACAUUCAAGUUAGGUUGGCAAUCUGAAGCUACGCCAAAAUCAUUAUUAAUCUGUAUUUCGCUUAGUGAAUUGAAAGCUUUCCUUGCUUCUGCUAUGGUCAAUUACAUCGAGCCAUGUCAAAAAGCAAUCGCUGAAUUGACUCUUCUGGCUUCUGCCAUUAAAACCGAGAUCUUCCAAUUUUCCUUUUGGCAUAGUACACUUACACGUGACCAUUUAGCCCAUCUUGAUAGCCGGGGUUCACCCUCUCGGAGCAUGUCUCAGAAAGACGAAAGUGAUAGCGGGAAA